AUGGAUUACAAGAUUUUUUUAGCACUUUGUGCGAUACUGACUAUUGUAAAUUGCAAAAGUGUGAUAGUUGGACAAAUAUAUGAUCAUAGCGGGAUUGUUAGAAAGGUGUACGAUCAAUACGUAGAAUCGUCCGGCAUUCCAUUCAUAAAGAGAGAGCAAGAAGUGUACUUCGAGUAUCCAGUAGGAGAUCAAAGGAUAAAAGGUAUUGCGAUAAAAGAUAUGGAAAAUGGUCUCGCCGAACCUUCUAUAACAAGAGGCGGUCUGGGAUUCAAUUUUGUCAACAUCAAAUUGAAAAGCGAACGAGGCUCUGGAUACAAGUUUUUAAUAGAAAUUUAUGCGUAA